GCUGAUUUGAGGGCGGCUUGGAAGGACAAAUGUCUUCCCUUAAAUAAGAAGAGUUAAAGGGAAAUUGUUGCUGGACUUUGGAACUAAGGAACUGCUAAAGUGUAACUAGCUGACAAUCUCCCUCUCUACAGUUGAAACAUCUCAUAAUCCAGUUACCCAACAUGAUGGUGGGUGAAGAGAAAUCUUCCAUGAGAAAUCGCUGGCUCACAUCCAAAGAAAAAGAUGAAGAAAAGAGAAGUGUCCAUAGAGAAGAGACCCUCCAGACACUGCAGGAGACUCUGCAGAAGCCAGAAAAUGGUCAAUUUGACCCUGAACAGCAUCUGACACGUAAGAUACUAUUAACAGCAGAGGCAGAGCAGUUGAAGCCAUUUUUUAUGAAGGAAGUAGGUAAUCAUUUUGAUGAAUUUGUGACCAAUCUUAUUGAUAAAUCAACCUCACUGGAUAUCUCUGGGUCUGCAGCAUCCUUUGCUAUUCUCAAUGGAGGGAAGAGUAACCACAGAGCUAAAGAUCUAAGAAAUCGUCCAGAAGAAGGAAAGCUUUUUGUUGUAAGAAGGUCUAUGUUGGAUGAGCUAUUUGAGAUAGACCAUAUUCGAACAAUAUAUCAUAUGUUUAUUGCCCUCCUCAUCCUCUUUAUUCUCAGCACACUUGUAGUGGACUACAUUGAUGAAGGAAGGCUGGUCCUAGAAUUCAGUCUCUUCACUUAUGCUUUUGGCAAAUUUUCGAUUGUAAUUUGUGCUUGGUGGUCCAUGUUCCUGGCCACACUGAUCAUUCCCUAUUUACUAUUUGAACGCUGGGCCAAAGGAUAUACCACAAGUUCCCGUCCACUUGUCCGUUCUUUCUUCUAUGGGAUGCUUUUCAUGCUUUUCCAGGUUGUAGGCUUGGGAUGUGGAUCAACUUAUGUAGUAUUGGCCUAUACAUUACCACCAGCUUCCCGAUUCAUUAUUGUACUUGAACAGGUUCGUUUCAUUAUGAAAGCUCAUUCAUUUAUUCGGGAGAAUGUUCCUCGGGUACUGGAUGCUGCUAAGGAAAAGUCACGCCCUGUUCCAAUACCCCAAGUCAGCCAGUACUUAUACUUUUUGUUUGCUCCUACUCUCAUCUAUAGAGACAACUAUCCCAGGAAUCCCACUAUCAGAUGGGGUUAUGUGGCUACUCAGUUUGCACAGGUUUUUGGUUGCAUGUUUUAUGCAUAUUACGUCUUUGAAAGACUCUGUGCUCCCUUGUUUCGGAAUAUCAAACAAGAGCCCUUCAGUGUUCGGGUUUUGGUCCUGUGCAUCUUCAACUCCAUUUUGCCAGGUGUGCUGAUGUUAUUUCUUGCCUUUUUUGCCGUAUUGCACUGUUGGCUUAAUGCCUUUGCGGAGAUGUUACGCUUUGGGGACAGGAUGUUCUAUAAAGAUUGGUGGAACUCAACAUCAUAUGCCAACUAUUAUAGAACCUGGAAUGUAGUAGUUCAUGACUGGCUCUAUUACUAUGCUUACAAAGAUUUCCUCUGGUUUUUCAGCAGGAGGUUCAAAACGGCCGCCAUGGUGUCUGUCUUUGCAGUGUCUGCCAUAGUGCACGAGUACGCCCUGGCCCUGUGCUUGAGCUUUUUCUACCCAGUUCUCUUCGUACUCUUCAUGUUCUUUGGAAUGAUUUUCAAUUUCAUUGCCAAUGACAGUCGGAAAAGGCCUAUUUGGAAUGUCUUGAUGUGGACAUCUCUCUUCUUGGGACAUGGAAUCCUAUUGUGCUUAUACUCUCAUGAGUGGUAUGCACGUCAGCAAUGUCCUUUAAAAAAUCCAACGUUUUUUGACUACAUAAGACCACGCUCCUGGACGUGUCACUAUGUGUUCUAAACUCUUGGACAUAAGCUUUCUUUCUUGAUUGAAUUAUGUGUGCCACCUGAUUCUGGAAAAGCAGCUGCUGUUAAAAAAAAAAAAAGAAAGAAAGAAAGAUACGCUGUGUCAAGUAAAAUCGGAUUUCUACAAGUGACCCCAUCCAUUUAUAGGUGACAAAGCCAGUCAUCUAACGCCAAGGUAAUGAGUCAAGUCUAGUGGAAUCCUGUUAAAGAGGAAUUUUUUUUUUCCUCUUUGGGGGUAAUCUCUAAGGUACAGACAGAUUUGUGGCUGAGUCAGAUCUACCCAAAGCUUAGCAGUCGUGUCCAUCCGUUUUUUAUCUUUCUGUACUCAUUUGUUGAACACUGUAUAUGUUUUCUUAGGGACUGAAAUAGCCAAAACACAUGUAAAGAAUUAAUGCUUUGAAUAUCUGUUGUUUGCAACUUAUUUCUAUGCAUAUUGUUGUUAUGUGUAUUGAUUAAAAAUGUAUUUGAAAAGGAGAA